AUGACUGAGGUGAAGAGACCACGGGAAGCACCAGAUGGCGUUGAGUCAAUAAAGAAACAACGAACUUUGAUGGAUUUUUUUGGUGCAAAGAACGUAGAGGUACGGAAACGCGAAAGUGAAGAGAAAGCUGGCGACGCCAAAGAAACUGUUACAACUGAACAAGAGGCUCGUAGUGAAGAAGUGGAAACAACCGUUGUAUCCAAUUUAUCUGCCAAGGAAGUUUUCAGAGAACAUCUCAAGCCACACGAGGCAGCACUGCUGUCACUCGAGCUCGAAACGAUGGACGAUACGUGGUUCGCGAAACUCAAGGAUGAGUUUUCAAAACCUUACUUUCUUAAGUUAAAGGAAUUCGUCACAGAGCAGCAGAAGAACUGUACUGUUUUCCCACCGCCAAGUGAUAUCUACUCGUGGAGCAGGCUCACGCCCUUCAACGGUGUGCGCGUCGUGGUCAUCGGGCAGGAUCCCUACCACAACUUCAAUCAGGCUCACGGACUGGCUUUUAGCGUUAAGCCUCCUACUAUGGCGCCUCCCUCCCUGAAGAACAUCUACAAGGAGUUGAAGGAACACAACUACGCAGACUUUGUCGUAGAUAAUCGGUCCGGGGACCUGACAAACUGGGCUGAACAAGGUGUGCUGCUUCUCAAUACAUGCCUCACGGUUCGCGCGCAUAACGCAAAUUCACAUUCUAAGCGGGGCUGGGAACAGUUCACCAAACGCGUUGUGCAACUGCUGAUUCAAGAUAGAAAGCGGACUGGCAAACCUUUGGGGUUUCUCCUAUGGGGUAGCAAUGCGAUCAACCUUGUGCAAGGGAUCUUGGGCGGAUCCGCAGAGAACAUUUUGGUACUCAAAUCAGUUCAUCCGUCUCCUCUCUCGGCCAGCCGUGGCUUUUUCGGUAACAACCAUUUCAGGAAAAUGAAUGAUUGGCUAUAUGACCAAAACGAGACCAUGAUAGACUGGAGUGUAGUGAAAGGAAAAACCCUCAAAGAGGUCGAAAAGAAGAAUCUAGUACUUGAUAUAUAA